AUGAGCUCAACUAAUAAAGAGCCAGCAGGGUCAGCACCAGCUAAUCCAACGGACUCUAUUAAUCCAGCCAAUAAUCAAAAUAAUAUUGUCCCAAGAGAUGUCAGAUUGUUGCAUUUGAUAUUUGCCACUCAAGGAAUCCAAAACUACCAGGACCAUGUACCUUUACAGUUGAUGGAUUUUGCUCAUAGAUACACUACUUCCGUCUUGAAGGAUGCUCUUAUAUAUAACGAUCACGCCAAGCCUUUGAAUUCCAAUACAAACAUCAAUUCGAGUGCUAAUUCUACGGUAAACACCGAUGACAUAAGGUUGGCCAUAGCUGCAAGAACAAACUACCAAUUCAAGCCCACACCGCCCAAGGAAUUGUUGUUAGAAUUGGCCCACGAGAGAAACUCAAAGCCUUUGCCACCUGUUAUUCCAAAAUGGGGCUUGAACUUACCACCUGAAAAAUACUGCUUAACGGCAAGAGACUGGGAAAACUUAGAAGACGAGUUCACCGAAGGUGAAAAGGAAACCCCUGAAGCUGCUAAUAAGAAGCUGAGAUUAAGAUAA